AUGAAGACUCGUGCAUCUACCAAAAUCUCUGCUAAAUGGAUUCCAAUUUUCUCUGUCUUUUCCUUCCUUAUUGGCAUGCUUAUCACAAACAGGGUGUGGGAGCAACCUGAAUCAAAUGGUUUGAUAAUUUCUAAGCAUCAGCGUGAUCAACAAGAACUUCAAUUGAUCUCAGAAGAUUGUUCUAACAAAAAGAAGCAGGAAAAUCCUAAGGAUGAAAUGAAUGAAUUGUAUAAAACCCAUGAAGCUAUUCAGGCUCUAGAUAAACAAGUUUCUAUGUUGCAAAUGGAAUUAGCAGCUGCUAGGAGUUCUCGUGAAAAGAACUCAACUGUCUCGGCCACCGGUUCCAGGGAAGGUGCUUCCAAGAAGAAGAAGGCAUUUGUAGUGAUAGGUAUAAACACAGCUUUCAGUAGCAGGAAGCGGCGUGAUUCGGUUAGAGAAACUUGGAUGCCUCAAGGCGAACAACUUCUUCAAUUGGAACGAGAGAAAGGAAUCGUCAUCAGAUUCAUGAUUGGCCAUAGUGCAACUUCCAACAGCAUUCUAGAUCGAGCUAUUGAUUCAGAAGAAGCUCAACACAAGGACUUCCUUCGCCUGCAACAUGUGGAAGGGUAUCAUGAGCUGUCUGCAAAGACAAAGACUUUCUUUUCUACUGCUGUUGCAUUAUGGGAUGCUGAUUUCUAUGUCAAAGUGGAUGAUGAUGUUCAUGUCAAUUUAGGUGUCCUAGCCGCAACCCUUGCCCGUCAUCGUACAAAACCGAGGGUCUACAUUGGGUGCAUGAAAUCUGGACCUGUUCUAUCUCGAAAAGAUGUCAAGUACCAUGAACCUGAGUUUUGGAAGUUUGGAGAAGAGGGAAACAAAUACUUCCGACACGCAACCGGACAGAUAUAUGCAAUCUCUAAGGAUUUGGCCACUUACAUUUCCAUUAACCAGCCGAUUUUACACAAAUUUGCUAAUGAAGACGUCUCACUUGGUUCAUGGUUCAUCGGUCUUGAAGUCGAGCAUAUUGAUGACCGCAGUAUGUGCUGUGGAACCCCUCCAGACUGUGAGUGGAAGGCGCAAGCAGGUAACAUAUGCGUUGCAUCGUUUGAUUGGAGCUGCAGCGGAAUCUGCAAAUCAGUUGAGAAGAUUAAAUACGUACACUCGAAAUGCGGUGAAGGAGAUGGAGCUGUUUGGAGUGCUUUAUUUUAG